AUGAAAGAGUGAGUUUCAAAUUUUUUGUCCGCGAAAUACUCUGUUUUCGGUAGAGUUUCUAACAAAUUUUGAAAAAUAUUGAAAAUUUACAAAUUUCCAUCAUUUUUGCGGCGAAAUGUUUUUCUUUUAAAAGCAAUCAAUAAAACUAUCUUUUUUUCAGUCGUCCGAUUUGGUUCGAUUUCGACAGGUGGGUCGAGGAACAACCGGCGUUUCGUCGUUCGCAAUUCGACGUGUUCAAAUCUGGGAUGUUGCUCCAUAGCGGAUACACGACGAUCGUUAUGACCCACAUAAUAAACAGUCAGAUCGGGAAAAUGCUCACUAACGACCCCAUUGUGAGUAAAAAAUGAAUAAUUCUUCGAAAAUUGCCGUCAACGCAUUUGAAAUCUGAAAAAAACUUAGUUUUUCAGCUUGAAUACCACAAUUUCCUAACGCACGCCCACAAGACGGAUUUAGUAAUAGGAGUGGACGACAAUGCGCCGCAGAUCAAUAUAUACUCGGUUCUAACCGAAAUCUACGCGGCAGUCCCCGAGUAUUCCGGAGAACGGGGCGUUCUUUUGUCGCAUCUCCACAAGCGGUUGACCAUGUUGCUGCCGGAAGGAAUGCCCUGGGACACGCUCACAAUCGCUCCGAUGCUCUUCCGUUCCGUAUAUUGGCAACUCUUGAAGACAAUGAGGCUCGCCGGUAGUGACAAGAAACUGUCGGCCGAGAAGCGAAAAAGCGAGCACGCCUACUCAUGCUUCAUAACUUCUAUUCUCGUGUGCAUUUUUCACACCGGAGAGUUUGUUCUCGCGCCCAGAUUGCCCGGUUAUCACGACCAUGACAAAGUGAACACGUUCAUCACGAUGCUGAUUUCGUCGCCGAUCUAUCGCGUUCUCGCCAUUUUCUUCAUCAGCAGCUUCUGGUUACUGGUCAAACAUCGAAGCGAAGGAGGCUUUAUAACUGAAAACGAGCACAGGAAGUGUCCGACAAGACUGGAGGCGGAAGCUGAUGAGGAGGUGAGCGAAAUGUUACAAAACUCGUGAAAUUUUCUAUUUAUUUCAUAGUUGCCACGGGCCGGGCCGGGCCGGGCCGAAAUUUUCAAAACUCCGGCCCGGCCCGGCCCGUCGGCCCGGCCCCCGAUUUCGGGCCGGCCCGCAUGGCCGGCCCGAAAUCUGGCAAGUCUGAUUUAUUUCAGUUUCUCAACCGUCUUAACCUUACCUUCAACACCGGAUUUGACUUUAAAAUGCCCGAAAACGAACCGGAUCGUCUGGCGAAAGAGUGGGAGGUGUUCGCGGUCGGUCUGCUUCGUCGCGGACUGCUCACUCCACCCGAGGGCUUUAAACUGAUCAACAGAGGCGGACGGCCGCGCAAAGAAGUGAAACGACGCUCGGAUGCUCUCACGAUGGCCGACGAUGCCGAACUGAUGCCUCCGCCGGCGACCAAGCCGAAAGAUUCUCCAAAAAAGCCUGAAAAAUUUGUGGAGAGACAGCCCGAGAAACCGCACCCGUCGCCGAGGGUGAGAAAAGAUGCUCGAAGAAGCGGAAAGAAAGACCUGCUCCUGCCGCCUCCGCCUGUCGUUCCGAUCCGUCCUCCUUCACCGCCGAAACGUGUAAUUCCGCAAGCGCAAGACGUCGGACUCUGCCCACCAAUCUACGUGAUGCAAAAGGAUUUGAUCGACAAUUUGUGAAAGAAUGUGAGCAGCGGACGACGGAAGACGCACAGGGAUCGAGAACCGACGAAGUGACGAACGCUGUUGCGAACGCAUACGGAGAGAUCCACCGGAUCUAUCGGCUCGUGAAGAAGGACCAGGAAGAAACGAAUGGGAAGAGGAAGCUGACCGAUGAUCAGAAGCUCGUCAUGAAUAACUUCGGAAGAUUUGGAGCGGUAAAAAAGAUGAAAACGAGCCGGAGGAAAAGCGAGAGGAUCCGAAGCCGCAGGAGCCUGAGAUAGACGUCGUGGUAAGUGUGUGUGGGUUAUCACGAUGCUUCAUGCUUAGAAUUUUGUGCGGCAGGACGUACUUGCACGUAGAAAUACAAAUUUUCUGUUUUCAGCCGAAACACAAAGCAAGUCCGACGAAAACGAGAAGAUGGCGUCGGCGGUACUAA